AUCAGUAAAUUUAUGCUCGUCAUUAGUAUUGGCGAAUAUAAGAGAAGUGUUUCUCUGAGAUUUUUCUAAUGAAUUGUUGCUCCGUCAUUGAUUAGAAAACUGCAAAAAUCAACCGAGUCAACGAAGAGAAGUAAGAAGAAAAAAAGAUAUGUCCUUAACUAGGCCUCGUCCAGUGAUACCAGAAGACCUUCCGAAACUUCUUCACAGUCUCAGUUAUGCUGUAAUCAAAAACCAGCCAAAGGACAUACUUAGUUUUGCUGCUGAACAUUUUCAACAGUUAUACGAAGAGAGAGAAGGAGAGGAAGCUGCUGCAAUUGCUCGUGAAGAGGAUGCAGAUAAAAAGGAUAAAGGUGAGAAAUCCACUGAAGGUCAACGUGUAGACUGUUUUGUUCUUGGAUGAGCUAAAACAUUCUUUGGAAAUAUGCAGCUUCUUGUUAUCCGUUUCUUCUGUAUUGUAUGACAACAUUCAUAAAAUUCAGUUUUGUUAUUUAUUUAAUU